UGAAUUGAGUAGGUCUUGAAUGUGUACUAAAGAGGUGGACCUAACAGUUUUUCAGGCUGAGCUGGCAAAAUGUGGAGGGGACAGUAAAUGUUUGAUACCAUCUCAAAUGUGGCACUUGUUUGAACAAAACAGUCAUUCUUAAAACUGCAAGUUACACAGCACAAAAAAGUUCUUGCAAAAGGUGGAUGAAAAUUGGCUUUCUGACACAACCCUAGAGGCAGAAGAUAAAUAUCAAUUGAUUCUUCAGCCUACGAGGGGAGGGUACAGAAAUGAUCAAAACUACCUUGCGCGGGGAAGGGAGGAUUUGGUUGCCUCUUUUCUGGUCAACACAAAAGGCCUGGGAACUAGUGAAAUUCAAGAUGGCUGCUCACAAAGAAGAUCUUGUCAGUACUCUGGAAUCUUCACUUCAGGCUUGUGUGUCACUUCUUCUUGUCACCGAUAACGUAGAGAAGGAAGGGGACAAGACAAAUAUCAACAAAAGCGGCAUUGAAACUAGCAUUACAAAGUUCCUCGAUGCUUCAAAAGCUGUGGAGGCUGAUUUCCUUAAGAAGCAAAUGUACAGCCGUGUACAUCAUCCCCGAGAAGUCACACAAGAUGAAGUAGACAAAAUGAGAGCUGAGUUGGUACAAAAAGAGGAACUACUGGCAAGAACAAAGGAAAAAGUUGCCUCAUGGGCAAAUGUUCUCCAAGAUCUUGAAACAAAACAGACAAGCCUUCAGUUGGUGGAUAUCAUACCACAAAGAACUGCAUCAAUAGAUCCUUAUUCUUUUGAUACAUCAAGAAAAUAGUUUGUGCAAAAUUGUAAAAUUUGGUCAACAGAGCUACCGGGUAUUUGUAAUUAAAUGUACAGGUUUUAUUAA